AUUUGACCAAGGGCAAUCAGCUCACCUCCCCUUACCUGGGAAUGGAAACAGUGCUUCGGGCAUGCAUUUUACCCGGGCUAAAACACGAAGGGGAAAUGCUGAUGGAGAAGGAGAGGAUUCCGUACAGAAAAUUGUUGGUAAGGUGGAUAGUCUCAAGCCUGUCAAACAACAUAUUCUCUGGAAGCAGAAGGCAGAGAUGCUCCAGUCUCGAGUGAAUGAGCUGGAGGAGGAAAAUGACUUUCUCAAGAAGCAGCUUGAAGAGAAGUCUGCAAAAGAACAAGAAGGGAAUAUUGAGAAGAUGGCCACUGAAGAUGAGGAGCCACAGGCCAUAAAAUUGGACUCCAGCACUGACACUACCACUGACUCCAGCACUGAUUCAAGCUCUGACUCCAGCUCUAGCUCUACGUCUGACUCUUCAGAUGAGGACAAGAAGAAAAAGAAGCGUAAAAAGAAGAAUCACAAAAAUAGAAGCAAAAAAAGAAAUAAGGAAAAGAAAAAGGUCAAGAGGUCAAACGGAAAAGGAGAGCGAGCUUGCUGCAUGCAGAAGUGA